CAAGCAAUCCAGGACCCUGUAUCACCCUUCUUCUCUUUAUUCUGCAAAUACACUGAACCUCUUCCACUCAACUUCAAAUCACCACGUAAAAGAACACAAAAACCGCCCAUCAUGCCUCUCGUCGUUCCCGGUAUCAACUCAACUUCUGGCGACAAGGCCGAAGAGUGGCAGAACAAGCUCAUCGGCAAGAAGCUUUCCGAUGAUGAUGCUUCCACCGAGACGGGUGUUUGCCAAGCGAGAUCUUCCCCAGGAAACGCGCAUCAUCGAGCCCGGAAUGAUGGUUACAAAGGACUUUAAGGAAGACAGACUCAAUGUCCACCUCAAGGAUGACGGAACUGUCUCACAUGUCGUCAAGGGUUAA